UAGGAGGGGUUUAAAAAAACCAAAGAGAGUUUCUCAGCAGCUUAUUUUUCGUGAGUCUAUAAAAACGUGAUCGAAAGUAACGCCCGUGGAAAAAAAAUAAAACUAGAAGUCCCAUGCGCUGAAGCGAAAGCGGGGGAGGAGAGGGUCGGAGAAAAAGGUGGGCUUUGUUCUGUGGGAGGAGUCGCCGGUUUGGAGCACGCGCGGGGCUGAGUCCUGAUCGCGCGCGGUAAAUGAAAGAGGCGGCGGCGGCGGCCUGAGAUGACCCCUCGGGCGAGUGACGGUGGAGAGCAGAGGUCUGACCGGGAGAGCGGAAGUAGCCCACUCGGAGAUCAGAUACAUCCUCAAUGAUAAGCAGUUCAAAGAUCUGAUAAUGGGGCCAGUGAAAAUAACUUGGAAAGUAUUUGAGGAUGUCACUGAGAAUUUUAUUGGUAACUGCCACAAUGGAAAAAUAGUAUCAAGAUAACUGGAAUCCAUCAAAGUUGGCUGAUGGCACUGCAAUAUCCCAUGCUGUCCCGCCAUGUUCACAGGCUGGUUAGAGAUUGGGGCUUUUACCGGAAUCAUCUUCAAAGACAUCUCCAAAAUGCUCAAGCUUUUCUGUGCCUGAAUUGUGUGGAGUACUAUUCUUGGGCUUGCUACUCACACUUGAACCUUCAGAAUUUUGGGGAGAGUUGGAGACAUCCCCUGUUCUGGAACUUGCAGCUUUCUCCCAAUCUCUGGCAAAACUAUUCCAUUCAUUUUUGUACUGCAAAAAUGAAAUCCGAGGACUAUGAACCAGUUUUUAAAAAAAGAAGAGACAGUGAGGUUCAGGACAUUAGCUGCAGUGUUGAAAAAAAUAUAAACGUAUCUUCUUUACAUGAAAAAUCAUCAUCUCCGCUUAAAGAAGGAAACAUUCCAAGACCAAAAAGUUUGAUCAAGAGACAUUGGGAAUACUUUUGCCAUCAAAAUAAAAAAACAAUUGUUGGAGACAAGAUACAGGUCAACCAAGAUGAUAAAGACCCACAGACAAAAUUUGAUUUUACUGUAAUGUCAUACAACAUUCUUUCCCAGGAUUUAUUAGAAUACAACCCCCACCUCUAUAAGCACUGCCAGCAGCAAAUACUAGCUUGGAAUUAUCGUUUUCCCAACAUUCUUGCAGACAUCAAACAGCUUGAUGCAGAUGUACUGUGUUUGCAGGAAGUCCAAGAAGACCAGUAUGGAGUAGAGAUCAAGCCAAGCUUAGAAGCCCUAGGCUAUCACUGUGAAUACAAAAUGAGGACCGGAAGAAAGCCUGAUGGCUGUGCCAUAUGCUUCAAGACCUCCAAAUUUAGUCUUCUUUCUUCUAAUCCUGUGGAAUUCUUCCGUCACAAUAUCCCACUUUUGGACAGAGAUAACGUGGGGCUAGUUCUGCUCCUGCAGCCUCGGUUUUCCUACAAAGCUCCCACAGCUAUCUGUGUGGCCAAUACACAUCUCCUGUAUAAUCCAAGGCGGGGAGACAUUAAACUAACCCAGUUAGCCAUGCUCUUGGCAGAAAUUACCAGUAUUGCCAUUCGUGAAGAUGGGCGUUUUUGUCCCCUUGUCAUCUGUGGUGAUUUUAAUUCUGUCCCUCAUUCUCCUCUGUACAAUUUCUUGACAGAAGGAAAGCUGAAUUAUGAAGGUCUGGCAAUAGGAAAAGUGUCUGGUCAAGAACAGUCCCCAAGGGGCAAUAGGAUACUUAAGAUUCCCAUUUGGCCUCAAAGCCUUGGCAUUUCUCAGGACUGCAUGUACGAGGAACAGCAGAAACGCCUAGUAAAAGAAAGAGAGAGCAAAGAGACUAAAGACGCAAGUUUAGAACAGUCAGAAGAGACUCUAAUAGUAGCAAAAAGGUUACCCACAGAUUUACAUCACAGCUUUCAAUUGUCUUCAGUCUAUUCUCAUUAUCUGCAUGACAGUGGAGUUCCAGAAGUAACAACCUGCCACUCCAGAAGUGCAGUGACUGUAGAUUACAUCUUCUAUUCUGCAGCAAUGGACAGUGUUACUCAGGAACCAGGAGUUGAGCUUCUUUUCAGUGGAGGUCUAAGUCUUCUGGGUAGACUAUCAUUGGUAACUGAGCAAGAUCUGUGGGGAGUCAAUGGACUUCCUAAUGAAAGCAAUUCCUCUGACCAUCUCCCUCUCCUGGCUAAGUUCAGGCUGGAAGAAUAACUUUUGGAUGAAAAUAAUUGAUAUCUUCUCUCUCCUUCUCUCAUCUUAAAUUUUAUCAAAUCCAGCAAAAAUGACUGAAGGUAUUUUUAAAAGAUCUACUGUAAAUUAUCAACAUUACUCACAUAAAGAAAAAGCAAACUACUUUUACAUAGGGAUUUCUUUUUUAAUCAAUGAAAAUAUUUGUGCUGUAUUUAAAAAUGUAUAUGCAAAUGUAUAUGUUUUCACAGAAGUGGUAUAAAUUACUUUUUAAAAUAAAAAUAUUAUUGCUAUGCUGGGGUUUUAUUAGCACAUUUUUUAUUUUAAAUUUCAAGGCAAAUAAUAUAAGAACACGUAUCCCUAUAUUCUUUCAUGGAAAGAGAUCUCAGGAUAUCUUUAAUUUGGCCUAUGGAGAAGCCAUAGAUCUUGCAGGUAGAAACAAAAGUGGUACAGCUUUCCUUGACAAGGAAAUGCAGCAAACGACACCAUUACCAUUUAUGUGGAUAAUUAGAGUUACAGAUAUGUCCAGGACUACUAUUAUUGCCAUCA